GUGACUUCUUCGACGGGACCUAAAAUGGCGCCUAAAAGCGCUGCUACAGCAUCCUCGCUUGUCUGUAAUGGCGGAAGACGCUUCCCCUCCCAACCAACGCUAUUCACACCCCACCACACCCCGAUAUAAUAUGAGAAAGCAGCCGUGAGUCGUCCUCUUAAUAUUAAUGCCGCUAUAAAGACAUUUUCAUACGGUUUCCUCCAUUUUAAUACAGCCUCCAAGAUAUAUUCCCGCUGCAUUAAUCCGGAAAUUUCGCCUGGAAGAGAACAGCUCACCCGUGAGCGGUACUUGGUGCAGACCGCCAUGUCACCGAAUACUAAUGACGUGGGCGGGGACACCGACCGUAUUUAGAAACGGGAGAAGAAGCAGUUGCGCAAUCUGAAUUGCUGCUACUGAGGUGACUUUCUUGGCGAGACAAAGGAAACCUAUAAGCUCAUCAUGUCUUCUUCAGAUGAAGGAAAGCUUUUUAUUGGAGGUCUGAGCUUCGAUACCGAUGAACAGAACCUGGAGGAGGUGUUCGGCAAGUACGGACAACUGUCUGAGGUGGUGGUUGUGAAGGACCGUGAGACUAAGAAGUCUAGAGGCUUUGGGUUUGUUACAUUUGAAAAUCCAGAAGAUGCAAAGGAUGCCAUGGACGCAAUGAAUGGAAAGUCUGUUGAUGGAAGACAGAUUCGUGUUGAUCAGGCUGGCAAAUCUUCAGGUGACAGACGUGGAGGUUAUAGAGGAGGAUCAUCUGGAGGACGAGGAUCUUACCGUGGUGGCCGUGGAGGACGUGGUGGUGGUGGAGGCUAUGGAGGCGGUCGGUUUGAUAGGAGUGGAGGUUAUGGUGGCAGUGGUGGAUCCAGAGAUUAUUAUGGAGGUGGAAGGAGUCAAGGAGGGUAUGGUGACCGAUCAAGUGGAUCCUACAGAGACAGCUACGACAGCUAUGCUACAAACUACUAAAACUCCUGACUCAAGAUCAUCCUUCCAGUGGCUGUAUUUAUAAAGAUUUAUGGAGCUUCGCAGAACAGUUAAUAUGUAGUCUAUUUGAUUGUGUUCACUUUUUAUACCAAUUUGUUACAUUAUUCUGACAGCCUCGCUGGUAGUACAUGGAACAGUUGUAACAUUAAGACUGUACAUUGGUUCUAAUGUUAUAGAUUUUCUGAUCUAUUGGGCUGCUCAGAUGGGAGCUCCUUAUUGCAAUUUUAAUUUGGCAGAUACUUGCCUUGGUGACAGACUAGUUUUACUAAAGGAAUAGUCUUGCUGUUCCUAAGCAAAACUGUCUGUUAAUCUAUGAGCUCUAUUCUGUAACAGGAUCUAUUUGAUCAUAUUAAGUUCUGUAUAUAGUGAAGGGGACUGAGGCCUCUGAAAGAAUCCUUUGGUAUAACAAGGCAGGGUACAGCAUGGGUGCAUUGUAAAUAACCGCUAGACCUCCUUGAUAUAUCUAAAGAGAAAAAUCUAAUUUCUUAAUAUCACAAGAAGUUCUUGAAAAUGUUUUAUCUUUUCAUAUUUUUAACUAAACUAAAUGGAAAUCUUGUGUUCACUUGGCUAAAAAAUUGUACUCUUCAUUUGGCUUCACGGAGCCUAUUAAAAGACCAUCUGAAAAGAAAUGCCUCUCGACAUUUAACUUCUUCACAACACUGGUUUAGGUAGAGGUCAUAAAACUGGAUGACUUCAUUGCCUUUGCAUUCAAGUUGUAUUAAGUUCACAUGUUUAAAUAGGGUUUAGGUAAUCGGUUACUCCUAAAUUUAUUUGGCAGCAGUACAAACAUGAGACUUAAAGGAGAACUCCGGAAUAGGAAAAUUGCCCUCCAUACACCCGGCAGUAAAAAAUAAAUAGGUGCAUACCUUCCUUCGCUCCUCCGCUAACCGGCUCUGGCCUCCGCCACGAUCCUCUUCCUGGUUGCCAGCGAGUC